UUCCCCCCCAACUUAUCUUGAAGCUGGUGCAACGCUGCGUGCUGGUUCUGGCUCACACCAGAUUUAUCGUGUCCGCGUGCGCCAAAAGCGGGCUCCUCCUUCCCCCGCUGCUCCCUCCCCACUCAUACACGAGGUCAAGGGCAAAGGCAGCCUAAAGAGCGUCACAUCCAGCGCGACCGAUGGUCAGAGCAGCGGCACUCACAUCUCUACACUGCCACCGUACUCGCCCAGUGCAGUUAGAGGUAGCCCGGGCACGCCGCGCUGCCCGCCUCCACUCCCGCCGCGGCAUGAGGUCGACGAGGGCGUGUGCGUCGGGCCACCAGACGACGAGGAGUAUGAGGACGACGCAAGGUGAGUUCACGAUAUACGAUUUGGGACAGAAAGGGAGUCCAGGAUCGUUGCGGCGGGAACGUUUCAGGCCAGCCUCCACCGCAACUUGGACGUCCUCCACACUCCUCCACUACCUCCACUACCUCCACUACCUCCACUCCUCCUCCACCCUCCUCCACACUACUCCUCCACCCUCUUCACUACCACCGCCCGCUCAAUGAGGCCGCAUGCUGCCUCCACUGGGGUGCUCGCAAGUUCUUACACCAGCUCCACCUCUUCCUUCGGCGCAAUUGCCCCGCAGUA